ACCUCCAGUUCCAACCCAUUCUCCCAAAACAAUUCCGUUCCCUUCGCCCCGACCUUUCGGGCCCCGAGUCCUGACUUCAGUGGCUUUAAUAUAUCACGUUAUGGGGAACUGGCGCCCAGUAGUAAACUGUCAGCCCUACGACCGGUGCCGUUGGGAAAGCCUAUUGUGCCCAUCAAUAAGCACCCGAACACUGUAUACACGGAUAGAGUGAACAUUCCGUUGAGGUAUCGCCUGAAAGGUCAGUCCGCCGACGGUGUGAUGUAUGGGCCGCUCGCGAGUGGACAGUCGUCUAUUGGCGAUAAGUACGGGUCGGACACCUCCUAUACGGACGAUCGGGAGGGGGAGUGGAUGUUAGCGGUCGAGAGGGGCUCCCAAUCGGCCGAAUCCCAGAGCAGUCAUACGGUUGUGAAUGUCUCGCAACAGGACUUCAAUCGCUAUAAUAAUAACCUAAAGUCCCGACGCAAUGAGAGCCAAGUGUACGGCAAACGCACGAAACCCAUACCACAGACACCCGUCCCCUCACAACCGCCGCCAUCGCAGCCCACGACUCAACACAACAUCGCUGUCGCCGUAGACGAGUCGCCCCUACAGAAGGAACUGGAGGUCAGCCCUAAGACACCGCCCGUCGGCUCAGCCAUCGGACACAUCCCGGCGCUCACCAAAGAGCAGCUCAAGAACCGGACGGACCAUACGAUCCUCAACGACGUCAUGAGACUUAUUGCCCAAAACGCGCCGGCGAUCGCACCCACCGUUAGCUACCGGUCCCUCAGACACGCGCCGGUAGUCCACGACAUAAGCGUUAUUAACAGUAGAGCCAAACGGAACACCCAUUACGAUAGCCAUAGUCAUCACAAGGACUACCACUACGACCACUACAAGGGAUACCGUUCCCCGGCCAGCGAUGAUUCAUAUAGGGCUCGCCUACUGUUCCCAUUUGCU